UCAGCCCACCCCGCGAGCCCGCAGGUAGCCACGCUAGCGCCCGAGGUCCGUUGAAGUGGGCGGAGUGGCGGGCGGGGCGUCGUCUUACUGGGCCCGCCCCCUGUCCGGCCAGCUCUGCGCCGCGCCUACUUCACAGGUCCGGCCGGCCGGUUAGAGCCUGGGGACCGCAGAGGUGAACGUCGCGCCCGAGAGCCUGUCACCUGCGCCAGGAUGGAGUUCGUGAAAUGCCUGGGCCACCCCGAAGAGUUCUACAACCUGGUGCGCUUCCGGAUCGGGGGCAAGCGGAAGGUGAUGCCCAAGAUGGACCAGGACUCGCUCAGCAGCAGCCUGAAAACUUGUUACAAGUAUCUCAAUCAGACCAGUCGCAGUUUCGCAGCUGUUAUCCAGGCGCUGGAUGGGGAAAUGCGCAAUGCAGUGUGCAUAUUUUAUCUGGUUCUCCGAGCUCUGGACACACUGGAAGAUGACAUGACCAUCAGUGUGGAAAAGAAGGUCCCGCUGUUACACAACUUUCACUCUUUCCUUUACCAACCAGACUGGCGGUUCAUGGAGAGCAAGGAGAAGGAUCGCCAGGUGCUGGAGGACUUCCCAACGAUCUCCCUCGAGUUUAGAAAUCUGGCUGAGAAAUACCAAACAGUGAUUGCUGACAUUUGCCGGAGAAUGGGAACUGGGAUGGCAGAGUUUUUGGAUAAGCAUGUGACCUCUGAACAGGAGUGGGACAAGUACUGCCACUAUGUUGCUGGGCUGGUAGGAAUUGGCCUUUCCCGUCUUUUCUCGGCCUCAGAAUUUGAAGACCCCUUAGUUGGUGAAGAUACAGAACGUGCCAACUCUAUGGGCCUGUUUCUGCAGAAAACAAACAUCAUUCGUGACUAUCUGGAAGACCAGCAAGAAGGAAGAGAGUUUUGGCCUCAAGAGGUUUGGAGCAGGUAUGUUAAGAAGUUAGGGGAUUUUACUAAGCCGGAGAAUAUUGACUUGGCUGUGCAGUGCCUGAAUGAACUUAUAACCAAUGCACUGCACCACAUCCCAGAUGUCAUCACCUACCUUUCGAGACUCAGAAACCAGAGUGUGUUUAACUUCUGUGCUAUUCCACAGGUGAUGGCCAUUGCCACUUUGGCUGCCUGUUACAAUAACCAGCAGGUGUUCAAAGGGGCAGUGAAGAUUCGGAAAGGGCAAGCAGUGACCCUGAUGAUGGAUGCCACCAAUAUGCCAGCUGUCAAAGCCAUCAUAUAUCAGUAUAUGGAAGAGAUUUAUCAUAGAAUCCCCGACUCAGACCCAUCUUCUAGUAAAACAAGGCAGAUCAUCUCCACCAUCCGGACGCAGAAUCUUCCCAACUGUCAGCUGAUCUCCCGAAGCCACUACUCCCCCAUCUACCUGUCGUUUGUCAUGCUCUUGGCAGCUCUGAGCUGGCAGUACCUGACCACACUCUCCCAGGUAACAGAAGACUAUGUUCAGACUGGAGAACACUGAUCCCAAAUUUGUCCGUAGCUGAAGUCCACCAUAAAAUGGAUUUACUUUUUUUCUUUAAGGAUGGAUGUUGACUUCUCUUUAUUUUUUUCCUCCUACUUUAAUCCCUAAAAGAACUCUGUGUGGCUGGGACCUUUAGGAAAGUGAAAUGCAGGUGAGAAGAAUCUAAACAUGAAAGGAUGCCUCACCCCAGCAACCUGUCCUUGUGGGUGGUGAUCACUGUGCUGCUUGUGGCUCAUGGCAGAGCAUUCUUUGCCACGGUUUAGGUGAAGUGGCUGUAUAUGUGACUGUCAUGAGAUCCUAUUUAGUGUGAUCCUGGCCAGAAUGAUAAUUAAAAGUAUUUAAUUUGAAGCAA